AUGGAAGACGAAAUUGACCUUGACGCGCUUGCCUCCAAGAGGACUUCUGGCGGGGGUCUUCUAAACUCAACAGCCAACAUGGCCAAUUCCAUCUUAGGCGCGGGGAUAAUCGGUACUUGUCUACCAUACGCCGUACGGCAGGCUGGUUUCUUCACUGGACUUGUGUUGCUCGUAAUCCUCUGCGCUGUUACGGACUGGACUAUUCGACUCAUCGUUGUCAACGCAAAACUUAGUGGUGGACAUUCAUACAUCGACGUCAUGAAUCACUGCUUUGGUUCUUCUGGAAGAGCAGCCGUGUCGUUCUUUCAAUUUUCCUUUGCUUUCGGAGGGAUGUGUGCUUUUGGGAUUAUCAUUGGUGAUACCAUCCCCCACGUCAUGCGCUCAGCAUUCCCAAAACUCUCUACGAUACCCAUUCUUAAGCUCUUGGCAAACCGGCAGUUCAUGAUUGUCCUUUGUACCGUCUGCGUUUCUUAUCCACUAUCCCUUUAUCGUGAUAUCCAUAAACUAUCUCGUGCCUCCGGUCUCGCUCUGGUUGGCAUGCUGGUCAUUGUUUUUUCAGUACUGAUCGAGGGGCCCCAUGCUCCAUCAGAGCUGAAAGGUGACCCUUCGAAGAAAUUUACAGUCAUAGGGCCUGGAAUCUUCCAAGCUAUCGGGGUUAUCAGUUUCGCUUUUGUUUGCCAUCAUAAUUCUCUCUUGAUAUAUGGCAGUUUGCGAACACCUACUUUGGACAGAUUUGCCAAAGUGACUCACAUAUCAACGUUUAUCUCACUCGUUUCCUGUACGACAUUGGCGGUUUCAGCAUAUGUCGUAUUUACGGACAAAACGGAGGGAAAUAUUCUGAACAACUUCUCGCCGAAUGACACCUUGAUUAACGUUGCAAGAUUUGCGUUCGGUUUGAAUAUGUUCACGACGCUGCCGCUAGAGUUGUUCGUUUGCAGAGAGGUCAUCGAACAAUUUUUCUUCUCUCACGAAACUUUCAACAUGCAACGCCAUGUCUUCUUCACCACGACCAUUCUAUUCUCAUCGAUGUUUGUGGCUCUGAUAACAUGCGAUUUAGGUGUCAUGCUUGAGAUUACAGGCGGCGUCUCUGCUACAACCUUGGCCUUUAUUUUUCCCGCAGUUUGCUACAUCAAGCUUUGCGACAAACAGCUCGUUUGGUAUAGCCGCACAAAACUUCCCGCAGUCAUCUGCGCUGCCUUUGGCCUCAUUGUUAUGAUAAUAUCUCUUUUUCUUGCGCUUGCGAAGACAUGGACGCCAGAAGGACGCACAAAACUAUGUGUAUAG